CCCAAAUUCAUGUGUGUGUGUGUUCAUAUGAAUUCAAUAAUGGACGAGCAGAUAGAACUGCCGCCGGGAUUCCGAUUCCAUCCGACGGACGAGGAGCUCAUCACCCACUACCUCUCCCCCAAGGUCCUCAACACCAACUUCACCGCCGUAGCCAUCGGGGAGGCCGAUUUGAACAAAUCAGAGCCCUGGGACUUGCCUGGGAGAGCCAAAAUGGGGGAAAAGGAGUGGUACUUCUUCUGCGUCAAGGACAGGAAGUACCCCACUGGGCUGCGGACGAACAGAGCUACCGAUUCUGGGUAUUGGAAGGCCACUGGCAAAGAUAAAGAGAUUUUCAGAGCAAAAAGAAUUGUGGGUAUGAAGAAAACUUUGGUUUUUUACACUGGAAGAGCCCCAAAAGGCCAUAAAUCUAAUUGGGUUAUGCACGAGUAUCGUUUAGCACCAAAAUUCCCCCUU